GGCCCCCACCCAGCCCCCGCCACCCGCUGCCCCAGGACCUGCGCCUGCUACGUCCCCACCGAACUCCACUGCACCUUCCGCAGCCUCAGGGCCGUGCCCCACAUGCUGGACCCCAAGAUGGAGCGCGUGAACCUGGGGUUCAACCACAUCCGGGUCCUGACGCACGCUUCCUUCCCCGGUCUUGCGAGACUUCAGCUGCUGCUGCUGCACGGAAACGAGAUCGCGGACAUCGCCGAGGGCGCCCUGAGCGACCUGGGCGCACUGCAGGUGCUGAAGCUGAGCUACAACCAGCUUCGGGCACUGCGCACGGGCUCCCUGCGGGGCCUGCGGCGCCUGUCCCGGCUGUACCUGGACCACAACCGGCUGGAGUCGGUGCCCCCGCGGGCACUGCUGGGGCUGGCGUCGCUGCGGCUGCUGCGUCUGGACGGGAACCAGCUGGCGGCGCUGGCGCCCGAGGCGUUGGCCACGCUGCGCGUGCGCGGGGUCCCGGCCUGCACGCUGCGCGUGCUGCACCUGGCUGGGAACCACCUGGCUGCGCUGCCCGCCGGCACCCUGGCCCAGGCACCCGCGCUGCGCGCGCUGCACCUGCAGGGUAACCCCUGGGCCUGCGGUUGCCGUGCGCGCUGGAUGGAGGACCUGGAGGGGCGGGGCCGAGGCGUGCUGCGCUGUGGGAAGGAACAGGCGUGCGCGGCCUGCGCCAGCCCCGCCGCCCGCCGCGGCUUGCACCUGCGUCGCCUGCCUCCACGCAUGCGUUGUCGCCCGCCGCGCAUCCUCACCAGCCCGGCAGACGGCGAGGAGCCGCUGGAAGCGGAAGUGGAGGCGGAGGAAGAGGAAGUGGAGGACAGGGAGGAGGUGGGCGAGGUGCGGCUGAGGCUGACAGACGCCCGUGGCCGCGCCGCCGGCCUUACCUGCCGCCUGCGGCGCGCGCCCAGCGUGCGCGACUUCGACGUGCGGCCCGGCCCCGCCCCCGAUGUCCCUGUGCGCGUGCGCCUGACGCUCAGCGCCGCCCUCGCCUGCUAA